GCGGGGCUGCUGCUUCCUUCUCCCGCUCUCCUUUUUGCCCCCCGCUUUUCUCCUUUUUUUUAGCGGCUCUUGAUCUGCUCCUUCCUCCCUUCCCCUCCUCUCCCUCCCUCCCUUUCUCUCUCUGGGGGUUCCCGCAGGAAGGCGCCGAGCCCUGCGCGCGUUCGCGCUCACUCCGCGGCUCUGAUUCCUCUGCAGGAGCGCGGGGGAAGCGCAGCCUUGUCCUGGGGGUGCUGGAGGCAGAGCGCCUCGCUUUUCCAACUUGCAAUCCGCAUCCGGGGCUCGUUGACUCCUCGCCUACGGCAGAUUUUGAGGAGCGAACGGAAGGUACCGGACUCGAUGAGUUUCCAGCGAAAUGUCGGAAAAGUCAGGCCAGAGUACAAAAGCAAAGGAUGGAAAAACAAAGUAUGCAACACUCAGUCUGUUUAAUACUUACAAGGGAAAGUCACUGGAAACUCAGAAAACCACAGUUGCUGCACGCCAUGGAUUGCAGAGUCUUGGAAAAGUUGCUAUUUCCAGGAGGAUGCCUCCCCCAGCUAAUCUGCCCAGCCUCAAAGCAGAGAACAAAGGCAACGACCCCAAUGUGAACAUUGUGCCUAAGGAUGGCACAGGAUGGGCUUCAAAACAAGAACAGCAUGAAGAAGAGAAACAGCCAGACGUGCCGCAGACCCAGCCAAAACCUGCUGUUCCUGCUCCUCCAGAAGCAGCUCCUGUUGCCAAAUCCUGGGCCAACACCAAGCCAGGACAAGAUGGUCCACCUAUUCCAAUCAAUAGUUAUUUCCAGCAAGAAUUCCCCAGUCUGCCGGCAGCUGGGGAUCAGGAAAAGUCAGGCAAGGAUAAGGAUGCAGCUGAAGAUGGAUCAGGAGCCAACCUACGACCACAGAAUCAAGAAGCUAAGGGACAAGAAGAUGGCAGUGCUACAUCAGCAGAACAGAAUGAUGGCCAGAAGGCAGGAGACAAGAGGGAUGUGAGGUUGCCCCAGGUCCCUCAGCCCAAGCUGAAUGGCCAGCAGCAGCCACCCAUCUCAUCCCAGUACAGAGCAAUGAUGCCUCCUUAUAUGUUUAAUCAGUAUCCCAGAAUGGCAUAUCCUCCCUCCAUGCAAGGUCCAACAAGAUUUCCUAAUUCUGAGCCUAGCAGAGGCCCAAGGGGAAGGGGCCCACCCUCAUGGUGCUCAGAACCUAUUGAACGCCCAUCCAUCCUCAGUGCUAGUGAACUCAAAGAGCUUGAUAAAUUUGAUAAUCUGGAUGCUGAGGCUGAUGAAGGCUGGGCAGGUGCUCAGAGUGAAGUGGAUUACACUGAGCAGUUGAAUUUCAGUGAUGAUGAUGAGCAAGGAAGCAGUCAGAAAGAGAAGGAAAGUGGUGAUGAACAAACACCGUCAAAAGAUUCCCAGAGUCCUGAUGGCCAGAAGGAAACUGAAGAACAGACAAAUGCCAAGUCUACCACCCAGGUUUCCACAGCAGCAGCCAAAGGGUCUUACAGCAAAAGCUCUCAGCUUGAUCAGGAUCGAGGUCCACCACAGCCUUCUAUACAUGAAAGAGGUGGCCCUGCUCUUCCUCCAAAAUCUAUUCUACCACCGCACCCUCCUCCCCCUGACCGGCAGAUGGGAAGGCAGGGACCCUUUCCCCCUAAACCAGUGCCAGAUGAAGAUGAAAUUUGGAAGCAGAGGAGGAGGCAGCAGUCAGAGAUCUCAGCUGCAGUGGAGCGAGCCCGUAAGCGGCGAGAGGAGGAAGAGAGGAGAAUGGAAGAGCAGCGAAAAGCAGCUUGUGCUGAGAAGCUCAAACGGUUAAACGAGAAAUUCGGCUGCAUGACAAAACCCUCCCGGGAAGACCCUCUGAAAGAAAGGGAGAGGGAGAGAGAGAGAGAAAGGGAGAGGGAGAGAGAGAGGGAACGGGAGAGGGAAAAGGAGAGGGAGCGGGAGAGGGAGCGAGAAAAAGAGAGGGAGAAGGAAAAGGAGAAAGAGAGGGAAAAGGAGAAGGAAAAGGAAAAAGAAGAAAAAGAAAAACUGGAGAAGGCAAAAGAACAAGAAGUGGAGAAAGAGAAAGAAAAAGAGGUGGAAAAAGAAGAGAAGGAGAAUGAGAAAGAGAAAGAAGAAGAGAAACCAGCACAUGAGGUUCCUGAGCCUGUAGAACCUGUGGCAACACCUGUAGUAGAAAAACAAGAAAGUGAAACCAAGAAUAACAAGGAAGAAAAAGAAGAUCAAGCAGUCUUUACUCGCCAAGACAGUGGUCGGAAUGAGAAGGAGGUUUCACAGGUGACUCAUGAGAAUGAGCCAGACUCAGGAUCCCAGCCUCGUCCUGCUGUUUCCUCAGGCUAUUCUAAGCAGUUCCAGAAGUCAUUACCACCAAGAUUUCAGAGGCAGCAGGAGCAAAUGAAACAGCAGCAGUGGCAGCAGCAGCAGCAAGGUGUCCUUCCACAGUCUGCUCCCUCCCAGCCUUCCAGUGGCCCUGUCCCACCCCCCCAGCACAGACCCCUCUACCAGCCCAUGCAGCCCCAUCCCCAGCAUUUGGCUUCCAUGGGCUUCGACCCCCGCUGGCUCAUGAUGCAAUCCUACAUGGACCCACGGAUGAUGUCAGGAAGACCUGCCAUGGAUAUGCCUCCUAUUCAUCCAGGAAUUAUGCCUCCCAAGCCACUGAUGAGAAGAGAGCAGCUGGAGGGCUCAGCAGCUGGUUCAGAUUCCUUUGAGCACAUGGCUCGCUCUGCGAGGGAGCACAGUGUGCCUCUGUCAGAGCCACGCAUGAUGUGGGGCUCAGAGCCCUAUCCCCACACAGAAUCUCAGCAGUCCACUUCUCCUCCCAAGGUCUUAGAAGAGCCUGAUGAUUUGAGGUCUGAGGCACACUUGGAGCAAGAACGAGUUGCUGUCCCUGCCAGUGCUUAUCCUGUAGAACACAACCAGUUGGACUCUCAUCCAAAGACAGAAUUUUUCAGAGAAUCGGGAGAGGUAGAGAUACAGAAGUUCCCAAGCAGGCCUUUGGAAGAUGUACAACCUCUCCAAACUGACACAUCUAACACAGCAGUUAAUUUUGAAGGAGUGAGUGAGAAGGUUACACGUAGUUCUCCAGAAGAAUUGGUGCCUAUGGGGGAAAGUCACUCUUCAUUAAAGAGAAGCAUUUCCCAUGGUUCAAGCCACUCUCUAAAAUCAGAAGACCAGAGGAGUGAAACAGCAGCAAAUAUCCCUAAAUUAAGUAACAGACCCAUUGAGACAAAGGAGACAAUUGAGAGACUUGAGAUUAAACCGAAAAAAGAAAUUUUGAUCACUAAUAGAACAUCAGAAGGACCAAAACCUGAGAAAACUUUCAAACCUAAGUCUGAAACAAGAUGGGGUCCUAGGCCAGGUUAUGGCAGGCGAGACGAAGGUGGUGACAGACCAGUGAGAAGAUCGGGUCCUAUUAAGAAACCUGUGCUUAGGGACAUGAAGGAAGAGCGUGAGCAGAGAGAAGAGCGUGAGCAGAGAAAGGAGAAGGAAGGAGAAAAGACAGCUAAUGAAAAACCAAGCAAACCUGAAAAAAGUGACAAAAAGGAAUCACCUCAAGUGCCACUGUCUCAGGCUGAGCCCGAGAGAUCUGCCUCCAGCAGCGCUCCUCUGGCUAAGAAGAUAACCCAGGAUGCUGCCCCAGCACCAGCAAGCCAGGAGAGCAGUCAGCCCGAGGCAGCAGCUAAAGCUGUGGUGCAGCCCUCAGCCCCUGCAGUCCAGCAGCAGCUCCCAGCUGCCCAGCCUGCCACUGCCCAGCUGCCCCCAGCCCUCCCACAGCCCCCGGCCGCCCCGCCGGCCGCUCAGCCCCCGCCCCACACACAGCCCCCCGUGCCCCCCAGCAAGGAGGACAAACAGGCUGAGAAGGUGGUGAGCAAGGAGGUGGUGGAGAAACCACGCCUAGAAACCAGGCCAGUGAAAAGAGAGCCUGGCUUACCACCUAGGACAUACUGGAAGGAGGCCAGGGAUAGGGACUGGUUCCCAGAUCAGGGGUACAGAGGCAGAGGUCGGGGUGAGUAUUAUUCUAGGGGCCGUAGCUACAGGGGUUCUUACGGAGGACGUGGUCGGGGCAGUAGAGGCCAUAACAGAGAGUACCCACACUACAGAGACCCUAAGCCUAGAUCAGAGCAUGUGCCUUCAGGGCCUGUUAGGCAAAGAGAAGAGAGUGAAACUCGUAGUGAGAGUUCUGACUUUGAAGUGAUCCCGAAGCGGCGGCGCCAGCAUGGCUCGGAGACAGAUUCUGACAGCGAAGUGCACGAGAGCGCCAGCGACACCCUGCUCUCAGACAAAGACAGCAUCAUCAAGGGCAAGCACCCGAAAAGAGAAGAAAGAGCUGAUGGCAAGAAGCCUCCAAAGCCCCUGUCAUUCAAACCUGAGAAUAAUAUCAGAGUAGACAACAGAUCCCUAGAAAAAACCUACAUCAGAGAUUAUGAGAACAAGCCCAAACCAGGAUUUCUUCCUAAAGGAGAGCCUUCCAGACGAGGCAGAGGGGGAAUGUACAGGCGUGGUGGCCGGGAUCCCGGGGGACGUCCUCCACGUCCAUCCACAAUAAGGAGACCAGCCUACAGGGACAAUCAGUGGAACCCCAGGCAAACAGAGAUCAUUAAACCAGAAGAUGGAGAGCCUCCAAGAAGAAAUGAGCAUUAUGGUCCUAUACCAAUUGAUAAAAGACCUCCAAAGUUUGAGAGAAAGUUUGAUCCAAACAGAGAGAGGCCACGAAGACAGAGGCCUGCCCGGCCUCCAAGGCAGGACAAGCCACCACGCUUCAGGCGCCUAAAGGAGAGAGAGGCUGCAUCCAAGAUCAGUGAGGUGGUGACCAGCUCCACAACGAGUGCCACAGUUAAUAAUGCAGUUAAUGAGCCCUCCAACCCUGCUCUGGAUGUAUCAGGAAGUAAGACACCAGACUUGUCCAACCAGAAUUCUUCAGACCAGGCAAAUGAAGAGUGGGAAACAGCCUCAGAAAGCAGCGACUUCAAUGAGAGACGGGAAAGGGAUGAGAAGAAAACAGCAGAUGCAGCAGCACAGGUUGCUGCAAAGGCAGGAGAAAAUGCUGGAGCUCCAAAAAGGGAAAUAGCCAAGAGAAGCUUCUCUAGUCAGCGGCCUGGCAUAGACCGUCAGAACCGACGUGGCAACAACGGGCCAGCUAAGCCAGGGAGGAACUUCUCAGGGCCCCGGAGUGAAAGGCGGAGUGGUCCUCCCCCCAGAAGUGGAAAAAGAGGGCCAUUUGAAGAGCAGGCAGCACCUGUGCCUGGGGUUGAUCCUGCCAAUGGCACCACUGUACAUCAGGAGGAUGGAGGUGUCACUGCUGCAGGACAGAAGACAACCAAGGAUGCAAGUGGCAAAAAGAGAGAAGAACCAAAGGCUGGUCCAAAGAAGCCUAAGGAAAAAGUGGAUGCCUUGUCUCAAUUUGAUCUUAAUAAUUAUGCAAGUGUUGUGAUCAUUGAUGAUCACCCUGAAGUGACAGUAGUUGAAGACUCCCAAUCUAACUUGAAUGAUGAUGGUUUCACAGAAGUGGUGUCUAAGAAGCAGCAAAAACGUUUGCAAGAUGAAGAGCGCAGAAAGAAGGAAGAACAAACAGUGCAGGUUUGGACCAAAAAAGGAUCCAGCGAAAAAGGCCGAGGUCAGAAUUCCAAGCUGCCCCCCAGAUUUGCCAAAAAGCAGCAGCAGGCAGCAGCUGCAGCUGCACAGCAGGCUCAGGCUCAAGCUCAGGCUCAGCCUCCGUGCCCAGCCCAGUCUCCAGCCCAGCCCCAGGCUCCUGUUGCAGCACAGAGCCAGGCUGCAGGAGGGACAGCCAGCACAGACUACAGCGUGUCAGGCAAAGUCCUGCAGAACACCCAGCCUCACAACGGCCUGGGAGCUGAAUUAUGGGACAACAAAGUGCCUCCUACAGCAGUUCUGAAUGACAUCUCCAAAAAAUUGGGACCCAUUAGCCCACCUCAGCCACCUUCAGUCAGUGCCUGGAACAAGCCUCUGACAUCUUUUGGUUCAGCUCCAUCUCCAGAGGGGACAAAGCCUGGACAAGAAGGUGGAGUCGAUCUUGGUAUAGAAACCAUUCAGUUUGGAGCCCCAGCUUCCAGUGGCAGUGACAAUGAAGUUGGUCCUGUGCUGUCUGAGAAGUCCGCUGACAAAUUACCAGAACCCAAAGAGCAGAGACAGAAACAGCCUCGGGCUGGACCCAUCAAAGCACAAAAGCUUCCAGACUUGAGCCCGGUAGAAAACAAAGAGUACAAACCCGGCCCUAUUGGGAAAGAGCGUUCUUUAAAGAACAGGAAGGUGAAGGAUGCCCAGCAGGGAGAGCCUGAGGGACAGGAGAAGCCAUCUCCCACCUCUGUCAGAAGCCCAGAGCCUGUCACUGCAAAGGAGACCAAAGCAGCAAGCGAGCUGAGCACCGAGAUAGGAACCAUGAUAUCUGUGUCUGCUCCAGAGUUUGGGACAAGCACAAAGGAGUCUGUAACAGACUACACUACACCUUCUUCUCAUCCUAACACAGUGGCUACUAGCAGUACAAAAAUGGAGGAGACUUUGGUGACGAACGUGCCCCUGCCCCACACCCUUCCCCUCCCUAGGAGGGAGACUUUACAACAGAGCUCCAGCCUAACUCCAGUUUCUCCCGCUACCGUCGACCUCACCCUCAAGAUGGAGUCUGCACGCAAAGCAUGGGAGAAUUCCCCAAACAUGGGGGAGAAGAGUUCACCAGUGACCUCAGCAGCAUCUCCCAUUGCUGGUGGCAGCAGCAGCAGCAGCAGCAACACUGGGCCAAGCAGUGGCACCUACAGCUCUUUCUCAAGUGCAUCAAUGCCUCCUAUUCCUGUGGCCUCAGUUACCCCCACAACAUCCCUCUCAGGAGCUGGAACAUACACAACCUCUUCACUGAGUACAAAGACUGCAAGCACCUCAGACCCUCCUAACAUCUGCAAAGUGAAACCCCAGCAGCUGCAGACAAGCAGCCUGGCUUCUGCCAGCCACUUCUCCCAGCUGAGCUGCAUGCCAUCCCUCAUUGCCCAGCAGCAGCAAAGUCCCCAGGUCUAUGUGUCUCAGUCUGCAGCAGGCACUGCAGCUCAAAUCCCAGCAUUCUACAUGGAUACAAGUCACCUGUUCAACACCCAGCACGCCCGUUUGGCACCACCUUCCCUGGCCCAGCAGCAAGGCUUUCAGCCAGGCCUUUCUCAGCCUGCUUCAGUUCAGCAGAUCCCCAUCCCCAUCUAUGCACCCCUGCAGGGACAGCAUCAAGCCCAGCUGAGUUUAGGAGCAGCACCAGCUGUUUCACAAGCCCAAGAGUUGUUCAAUUCCUCUUUACAACCUUACAGAUCCCAGCAAGCUUUCAUGCAGAGUGGUUUGUCUCAGCCAUCACCAGUGGUUCUGUCUGGCACAGCCUUACACAACUUCCCAGCAGUGCAGCACCAGGAGCUGGCCAAGGCCCAGUCCAGCCUGGCAUUCCAGCAGACCUCCAAUACUCAGCCUAUUCCCAUCCUGUAUGAGCAUCAGCUUGGGCAGGCUUCAGGGCUGGGAGGCUCUCAGCUCAUUGAUACCCACAUCCUGCAGGCCAGAGCUACCCUCACUCAGGCUUCAAAUCUCUACUCUGGGCAGGUUCAGCAGCCUGGCCAGAGCAAUUUCUACAACACUGCACAGUCUCCCAGUGCUCUCCAGCAGGUAAACUAUGGCAUGGUGACAGUACCUUUGCCAGGAUCACAGAUUUCCCUGCCCAACUUUGGAUCCACAGCCCAGCCACUGAUAGCCCUGCCCCAGUCCCUGCAGCCUCCACUACAGCACACCCCACCACAAGCUCAGGCUCAGAACCUGAGCAGACCUGCCCAGGUGACCCAGCCCUUCAGAGGAUUGAUCCCAGCAGGAACUCAGCACAGCAUGAUUGCUGCAACUGGGAAGAUGGAAUCCCAGCUUUACAGGCACCGGGGAUUUUCGGAUAGUGUGCAGCACUCGGCAGUUGCAGUUCGCUUCCAGAUAUCAGAAAUGGACCUGAAGGCCUUUGGAGGUGGCAUUGAUGUUAAACCUGGAACACCACCAGUUACUGGCAGGAGCACGACCCCAACCUCCAGUCCCUUCCGGGCCAGUUCUACAAGUCCUAACAAUCAGUCCAAUAAAAUGAACAGCAUUGUGUACCAGAAGCAGUUCCAGUCAGCAGCUGCAGCUGUGAGAAUGACACAGCCCUUUCCUGCACAGUUUGCACCACAGGCAAAGCAAAGAGCAGAGGUCCUUCAGUCCACCCAGAGGUUCUUUUCUGAGCAGCAGCAGCAGCAGCAGAACAAACCCAUAGGAGGCAAAGCCCCCAAAGUGGAGGAGAACGGGAGCAAACCCAGCGAGGCGAUUGCUGACUCUGCAGGAGUGUGCCAGGACAAAGGCGAGGAAAAGGCCGCCCCUGCGCCUGCUGCCACACCCAAGCCCGUCAGAACUGGACCAAUCAAACCUCAGGCAAUCAAAACCGAGGAAACAAAAUCUUAGAGGCUGUGUUCCCGUGGAGGGGGAGAGGGGAGGGUGGGCGAGGUGUCAGCAGCAUCAAUUGGUGGCCCGAAGGAUGAAGAGCAGCCUGCCCUCCCUGCCGGGCUCUGGGCGGCCCCAUGGGGCCUGGGUGCCAGCAGCAGAGGUGGUGCCAGCUGCUGUGGUGCCAGCUGAGCCCUGGCUCUUGGGGUCACACCUGCUCUAACAGCAUGAAGGCUGCUUUGGGGUGUGCACGUGCCACACGUGUGUGCCCCCUUUGGCUCACACCCGCCUGCUUCCCAAAGCCACGGCCCGGAGCAGCAGCGGCGGUGGGGAGGCAUUUCCUAGCUGACACAAUGACCCCUUAUUCUCUUCAGGCUCUGAUCUUCAGCUGCUAUUUAUCUUUUUAUAAACCCGUGAGUAGGAGAACAUGCAGAUCUGAAGAUGGUGCUGGGCCAAGUAAUGUGUGUUAAGUUUUUAGUGACUUAAGAAGCUUCUAUCUUGUAUAAACAGAGGGAUCCACGCACUUGCCACACGAGGCUUAACCUAACACAGAGUAACACUGGCAGUGUUGGAUUUCCCUCUGAAGGCAGUGCUUUGCUGGCUGCUGCUGCUUGGAUGACAAUUUACUGCAUUUAGAUCACCAUAUGAAAAAGCUACUUGGCCACCUGUGUCCUCUCCACCCGCUGCCCCCUCAGUGGCUCUCACCCCUGGAGUUGAAGGUUCGUUGCAUCAAUAGUCAGAUUUGUUCCGUUCACCCCUGUCCAGCUGUCUUGAUAUGAUGCAAGUGGUCCCUAAACGGUUUCCAGUUUCUGUCUGUAACACAGCAACGAGCACUUAAACUGUGCCACGAGAAUAAAAGAAACCUUAUCAGAUGAACGAGAGUUUUAUCUCAAAGGUGCAUUCUUUAUAUCAGAGCUGCGUCGCACCACCUCCUUGCCCACAGUGUGCUGGAAAGUAGAAUCAAGUCAAAUAAAUGCCUUUUUAAUUGUAUCCUCUAGUAUUCUAGCUGUAGGACAGUACUGUAUGAUACUUCUGUGAAUGUAAGAUAUCCUGUACCUGCUUAUGAUAUGUAGUAGUGACUGUGCUAUACUGGAGCUGUUUUUAAUAAUGUUAUUCUAGAGGUUUUUUUCCAGACAAUGAUUGAAAAAGCUAAUAAAAAGCACCAGGUACCACAUCAGUAGCAGAAUUUGCUGGUUUUUUCUGGGAUUUUUUUUCUUUUUUUUACGUUUUUUGGAAGGAAGAGUUGAAAGUCUAAUGUGUAUAAUUUUGUUCAAAUGACUGCAGAAGCUGGAAAGGCUGUUGCUGCUAUUGAUGCCUAGUGAAUCGCUAUUGGUUAUCUUUUUAUAUAAAUAUAUAUAUAAUUUGAAUUUUUGGAAACUAGCUGUGAUGUCAACUUUGGAAAAAAGUAUCCCACUUGUAGUGUGAGUUGGCAUUGUACAGAAAUUAACAGCCAUAUUGGUCUAGAAAUGUUAAACUUAAUUUUUUUUCCAUUUGUACAGGGGUAACGCACUGUAUGAAAUAUGUACGGUCUUAUUUACAUGGGUUUGAUUACAGAAACUAAUAAAGUAUUCUCUAAAUAAA